AGCAUCUCAGCAUGUCAGUUGCAUCUAAAUGAAGAAUCCAACGAAGGAAGACGCCGAAGUUGAAUAAGACUAGCUGCAAAGUUUGAGAGCAGUCGCAGUUUUCUUUCUAAGCUUAAAAAGUCGGUGAGUUUUUCAGACACAGAUUGUGUUUGAACCGUAACUUGACUGUCCUUGGUUGAAUGGACAACUUGAAGGUGUCAAGCAGAGAGGGAGAGGUCGACCAACGCCUUUCGGCCUUUCGGCUUAAAGUCGACCCCACGCCUUUUGCCACUUUGCCCUCUUCCUACGAAUGGCUCCAAGUGACGAAAAGGACCGCUACGCCUACUUUCGAGAUUUGGAACGGACGGAUGGUCUUCUAGAUGCAUCGAGCUUUAGGAGGCCAGUCUUUAGCUUCGAAGAAGAUUAUACCUUCAGCCUGUUGGAGCCGGUCUUCCGAGAUUUGCCAAAUGGAGACUUUGAGAAGCUCAGUGAGAAGACACAGAAGCGCUUCUGUGUGGAGCUGGAUCGCUGUGAUUUGGAGCCUAUCACAAGUGAUGUGGAUCGCUGUGAGGACUAUAUUGAUUCCUUGGUGAGACUUUGCAGUGAGAUUACACAUGAAUGUACUGGUAAAGACUUUGCUCAGUGGCGUUUAGUAGGUGAUGCUGAGGAGGAGUUGCGAAAGGCUUGGAGGCACUUCGUUCGCUUGAUCUCCAUCCGAGAUUUUGAAUGGGAGAACUUGGUCUCGUAUCUAUCUGAUCCACAUGCUGGGUGGAAUGCACCCGGUGAAUAUUCGAAAGCCAAUUCUGCAAACAUGUCUAAGAUGAUGCGAUAUGCAAUUUCACAAAAACUGAUGGUUCCUCUACAGAUGUGGGCACUGCUUCUGAAGUUGGCGGGAGGUGAGGUUGCAGCUCCAAAGAAACGGAGCUAUGUGUAGCCAUAUCGGAGACUUUCCAAGCAAGUGACGUGCCACAUUCAAAAGGGACGCUAGCCUUCGUGGAAAUGAGUUGACUGCAGC